CCAAUUACAGUUAAAGCAGUUUCAAAAAACAGAGAUCCUAAGCAUGGAAGCAUCACUGUUUCAAUCCUUCCCAAAGGUAAAGACUCAAAUAUAGUCUAAAGAGCUUCAGCAAGUUUUUCAAUAAGGAAGGGAGAGAGAGACAGAAAUGGAUCAACAGCAAUUGCUCUUACAACAGCAACAGCAACAGCAACAGCAACAGCAACAAUUUCUCUUGCUACAACAAUUACAGAAGCAAGCCCAACAGCAGCAGCAAGCGGCAGCGAUUUCGCGAUUUCCUUCCAACAUCGAUGCCCACCUCCGCCCCACGGGCCUCCAUCGUCCUCUCAAUCUCCAGCACCAAAACCCUAACCCUAACCCUAAUUCUAAUCCCAAUAUGCACCAGCAGGGAUCCAGUUUGGCCCAAAAUGCCCAGGAAGUGCAGCAUUCUCAGCAGCAGCAGCAGCAGAAGGGGAUCCGGCCCCUAGUGAACCAGGUCGAGCUCCAGAUGGCUUACCAGGACGCUUGGCGUGUGUGCCACCCGAAUGUCAAGAAGCCAUUUUCUUCGCUUGAGGAUGCCUGUGAGAGAUUACUACCUUAUCAUGUAGUAGCAGACUAUGAAGCAGAGGAGGAUGAUAGAAUCCUGGAUUCUGACACAACAGGUCAGAUCCCAUCUCGUCCUCAGCAGUGGGAUUUCAACAUUGCAGCCAAAGUUGCAGAAUUCACAGGCACAUUUGAGAAACAGGCCCUAGCUUUCAACAUAAUAACUCGCAAGCGAGCUUUAGGGGAAUUCCGGUCUGAGGAGAGAUUGAUGAUUGAGCAGAUUCUUCUCCAGGAGGAGAAGCGGCUUUUGUUUGAGCUGAAAACAGAAAUGGAUGCCAGGGAGAAAGCUGGUAGGGAGGCUCAGUUGAGAAUGGCAGCCAUGGUUCAGGCAGAGCAAGCUCGUGCAGAAUCACAUUCUCAUGCUGAAAUGAUAUCUCCUACUCCAAUAAGGAGAAGUGCCCUUGGAUCACAAGGCAACAAUGUUCCAAUUGGUCAUGAAAUGGGAGAGCAGGAACAUGGUGCAAACCCUGAUCAGAUGAUGAAUGGCUGGGGAAACAAUGCACAGAAAGAUGAGAAGGAACCAUCUGAAGAUUUCUUGAACGAUGAGGAGAAUGAGAAUGGGGACACUGGUGCCCUGGGUGAAUGGCGAGAAGUUGGGGAGUUUGAUCUGAACUCCAGAUGAUUCAUGAAGAUGUAUGGGCGGGGAAAAAAAUAGUCCAUGGAAGAUCAUGGAACUACCUUCAUGGCAUGAGAACUGGGAGAAUUGCACUCAGAUACUGAUUCUCUCUCACACUGGAAUGGAUGAAGGACAAAAUAAAAGCAGCUUCAUAAUAUAUUGCAGUAAUUUCUGUAGGAUAGUAAAUGCAGCACAUAGAAUUUUCCUUCGUGGCUGGAAAACUUCGGAGUUCCUUUUGUAAAUUUACCAGUUGCUCAAACGUUGGCUUGUCCAGCAAAUUUUAAGUAUAAUGCACAAGCUUUUCAAGAAUCUGUAUAGUGUAUACCUAAAAUGAUGAAGGAUCUUGAGAAUCAGAAGGACCAAAUGCUAUCCUUGCUAUCA